AUGAAUCCCACAGUCGAUGUUUUCGAGAAGAGAAUCGCUGCGCUCGAGGGUGGUGUAGCAGCUUUGGCAGCAUCCUCAGGACAAGCCGCUCAGUUCAUGGCCAUCCUUACUCUCGCUCACGCAGGAGACAACAUUGUCUCCACCUCCAAUCUCUACGGCGGCACAUACAACCAGCUCAAAGUCGCCCUCCCCCGCCUCGGCAUCAAAACCAAGUUCGUCAACGGCGACAACCCCGAAGACUUCAAAGCCGCCAUCGACGACAACACAAAAGCCAUCUACAUCGAAUCCAUCGGCAACCCAAAGUACAACAUCCCCGACUUCGAGAAGAUCGCCGCCAUCGCCCACGAAGCCGGCGUCCCCGUCGUCGUAGACAACACCUUCGGCGCAGGCGGCUACUUCGUCCGCCCCAUCGACCACGGCGCCGACAUCGUCGUCCACUCCGCCACAAAAUGGAUAGGCGGCCACGGCACCACCAUCGGCGGCGUGAUCGUUGACAGCGGAAAGUUCGACUGGGGAAAACACGCGAAGCGCUUCCCGCAGAUGAACGAUCCAUCAGAGGGCUACCACGGGCUCAAAUUCUACGACACGUUCGGCCCCAUAACCUUCAUUAUCCGCGCGCGCGUCGAAAUCCUCCGCGACUACGGCGCAGCGCUCAACCCGUUCGCCGCGCAGCAGCUCAUCCUCGGGUUGGAAACGCUGUCCCUCCGCGCCGAACGCCACGCGUACAACGCGCUCAAGCUCGCGCGCUGGCUCGAGAGGAAUCCCAACGUAUCAUGGGUGUCCUACCCAGGACUAGAAUCCCAUCCCUCCCACGCAACAGCCAAGAAGUACCUAAAGCGCGGCUUCGGCGGCGUGUUAUCCUUCGGCGUGAAAGGCGGCGGAAAAGCAGGAAGCCAGGUCGUGGAUAACUUCAAGCUGAUUAGCAAUCUUGCGAAUGUGGGCGAUAGCAAGACGCUGGCUAUUCAUCCGUGGACGACGACGCAUGAGCAGUUGAGCGAUGGGGAGAAGGAGAGUGGUGGUGUUACGGAGGACCUCAUACGCAUCUCCGUCGGCACAGAGCACAUCGACGACAUUAUUGCCGACUUCGAGCAGUCGUUUGCCGCGUCGGCGACUAAGCCUGAGGAGAAGGGCGACGCGGCAAACGCCGGCAACGCGGGGUCUACGGAGCAGAAGGGCUCGCUGUCGGGCGCGACGUAA